UCCGCAGCCCCCUGGGAUGCGGUAGCGGCCGCUGUGCGGAGGCCGCCAAGCAGCUGCAGCCGCCACCGCCGCGCAGACCCACGCUGGCUCCGUGCGCCAUGGUCACCCACAGCAAGUUUCCCGCCACCGGGAUGAGCCGCCCCCUGGACACCAGCCUGCGCCUCAAGACCUUCAGCUCCAAGAGCGAGUACCAGCUGGUGGUGAACGCAGUACGCAAGCUCCAGGAGAGCGGUUUCUACUGGAGCGCCGUAACCGGCGGCGAAGCGAACCUUCUGCUGAGCACCGAGCCCGCCGGCACCUUCCUCAUCCGCGAUAGCUCGGACCAGCGCCACUUCUUCACGCUCAGCGUCAAGACCCAGUCGGGGACCAAGAACCUGCGCAUUCAGUGCGAGGGCGGCAGCUUCUCGCUGCAGAGCGACCCCCGGAGCACGCAGCCCGUGCCUCGCUUCGAUUGCGUGCUCAAGCUGGUACAUCACUACAUGCCGCCCCCGGGGGCGCCUUCUGCCCUCUCAUCCCCGCCUGAGCCCUCCGCGCCCUCCUCCGAGAAGUCAGAGCAGCCGCCCCCCGGGGGCGCCUCCAGGAGAGCUUAUUACAUCUAUUCUGGGGGUGAGAAGAUCCCCCUGGUGUUGAGCCGGCCCUUGUCCUCCAACGUGGCCACUCUCCAGCAUCUCUGUCGGAAGACGGUCAACGGCCACCUGGACUCGUAUGAAAAGGUCACCCAGUUACCUGGGCCCAUUCGGGAGUUCCUGGACCAGUAUGACGCCCCCCUUUAAAGAGCCAAGGGCAAGGGUCGAGGAGGUGGGGGUCUGGCGUCCUCCUCUUCUUCUC